GUGAGUUGUGAUGGUGUGGGAGGAUGCAAAGAGGGCAAAAGUGUUAUUUCAACUCUUCACACAACCCAUUUUCUCUUCUUUCUUCACCUUUCCCCAAAAUCAACCCAACAAAAUUUUCUCAUUUCUCUGCUUUACUUUCUUUUCAUACACCCUUUCCAUUGUACCAAAGACUAACGGAUAACACAGCACAAGAGCAGCCCAAGAGCUUCAUAUUCUCUGAUUGGAGAGAUAUACAGAGAGAGAGUGAGAGAGAUGGAGAGUGUGAAUGGAAAGAGAGCGCAGGAAGAAGCAGGGCCUUCAGAUGGAACCAAACAAGAAAUGACUGAGAAAGUGAGUGAUGCUUUGGAUGAUGGUAGAGUGGAGGAGGAAGAAGUGGAUGAGGAGGAAGAAGGAGGCACUGGAGUUAGUAAAAAUGGUUUCUUUGUUCCUGGGCCUCUUGUUUCUCUCAAGGAACAGAUCGAACGGGACAAGGAGGAUGAAAGCCUAAGGAGGUGGAAGGAGAAGCUGUUGGGUUGUUUGGAAAGUGAUUUAGAUGGUCAAUUGGAUCCUGAAGUGAAAUUCCACUCCAUAGGAAUUCUCUCUGAGGAUUUUGCUGAAAUUGUUACUCCUUUACCUGUGGACGAAAAUCGGAAUGGUUGUACUCUAUUCACUCUCAGAGAGGGAUCUCGCUAUCAGCUUAAGCUAAAAUUUAGUGUUCUUCACAACAUUGUUUCUGGCUUGACAUACUCCAAUAUUGUGUGGAAAGGAGGGCUUCAAGUUGAUCAGAGCAAAGGAAUGUUGGGUACUUUUGCUCCUCAAAAGGAGCCAUAUGUGUAUGCCUUGAAGGAGGACACCACUCCCUCUGGUGCACUUGCAAGGGGUGUUUACUCAGCCAAACUAAAGUUUGAAGACGAUGAUAGAAGGUGUCACAUGGAACUCAAAUAUUUGUUUGAGAUAAAAAAGAGCAGCUAGUCCUGUUUUUCUGACACUAUUUUUAUGUUAUGUAUCCUCUUAAAGUCCUUAAUUUUAUUUCUGAACAUGUGUUAUCGAUACUACAGCUUUGUAUUUGUUUUCUAAUACACAGAAAAGGAAUGGACUCUUGUGAAAUUGUGACAGUUAUCUUUCUUUUCUGUUUUUUUUUU